GCCCGCCGCAAUCCGCCGGGGCCGGGGGCGGCUCUGGCCGGCUCUGCCCGGCAGGUGGUGCCGCCGAGCCGGCCCCGGCCCCGGGAAUAAAGUCGGGAGAAAGAAGCGGAGAAAUGUGACCGAGAUGGGGCAGUUGGUAGAGGGAGGAAGCGGAUAGGGAAGAGAGAGAGAAAGGGGGGGAAAAAAGAACAAAGAAAACGCCAUCCAGAAGGCGGCUGCACUUCUUGGGCUGCGGGGACAAACUUGCGGGGCUGCUGGAGCAGCAGACGGCUUUGUCUAAAAGGGCUUGGAAAGGCACCACCUAAUCCUGCUGCUCCCCUCCCAUGCUGAAGGGAAGGAGGGAUCCUGGGAGCCGGAGAGGGGGAACCGCUGGGGACUGCGGCGGCCGGGGGGGUGCCCGAGUUCCCCCGCCGAGCGCUCCGCGCUGGAGCUGGGCGUGGGAGCCCGCAGCCCCGGGGGGGUCCGGGCGGCCCCUGCCCUCCCUGCCCCGCACCUCGGGGGUUACUGAGCGGUUUGUGAGCCAACAGCAAAACUAGCGAGGUUUCAAAGUGAAAUUCCGGAGGAAAUUUAAAGAGCAUCCGGAUCCGGAGAAAGAGAGAAAGAAAGAGGAAGGGAGAAAUAAAUCAAAACGUGGAGAGAAUCCCCGGCAGCUGAAGAAAGGACGGGAGAGAAAGAAGCUGACGCCCGGCAGAGAUGGGGAAAUGAAUCACUGUGGAGGCAAAACCAAAAAGGAGCCUCAGUCCAGCUAGGAGACCUGAGGAACAAGCUGUUGGAGGAGAGACGCGUACUAACUCCACUGGCCUGUAGUCUGUCUUACCCUUCUUACUAACAAAUGUCAACAACUAGGGAGCAGCCAAUCUUCAGCACCAGGGCCCAUGUUUUCCAGAUCGACCCUGCCACCAAACGGAACUGGAUCCCUGCCAGCAAGCACGCUUUGACCGUCUCCUAUUUCUACGAUGCCACACGCAAUGUGUAUCGGAUCAUCAGUGUGGGGGGCACCAAGGCGAUCAUCAACAGCACUAUUACCCCCAACAUGACCUUCACAAAGACGUCCCAGAAGUUCGGACAAUGGGCAGACAGCCGAGCCAACACCGUGUAUGGCCUGGGCUUUGCUUCGGAGCAACAUCUCUCCCAGUUUGCAGAGAAGUUCCAGGAAGUGAAAGAAGCAGCCCGUUUGGCGAGGGAGAAGUCCCAAGAUAAAACAGAGCUGACCAAUCCUGCCCUGAAUAUCACUUCUCACCAGGUACUUCCCAGCCCCAUCAUCAGCUCCAAUGGGCCAGGAGAAGAUAAACUAUUCCGGAGCCAAAGCGCUGAUGUUGAGAUAACAACAGAGAAGGAGCGGCUGAAGAAGAUGCUUUCAGAAGGUUCGGUGAGUGAGGUCCAGUGGGAGGCCGAGUUCUUCAGCCUCCAGGACAACAACAACAAGCUCGUGGCUGCUCUCCACGAAGCCAACGCCAAUGUGGACCAGUGGAAGAAGCAGCUGGCUGCUUAUCAGGAGGAGACGGAAUCGCUGCGGCAGCGGGUAGCAGAACUGGAGUCACAGGGGGCUCACGAUUCCUCCAGUGAGAACAACAAGGAAGAGCUGAACCAAACCCUGGAGGAGCUGGAACUACUGAUCAAGGCUAAAGAUGAGGAGAUUCAGAUGCUAAAGAGCCAGAAGUGUAGCCGAUGGGAAGCAGAGGGCGAGCGUGAGGAGACACUGCAGAAGCUGCAGGAGCUGGAGGCACGCAACGCAGAGCUGGAGCGACGCCUUCACCUGGCCGAGCAGACGCUGGCAGAGACCCUGGCCGAGAGGGAGAAAAUCCAGAAUGAGGUCACCAAGGUGGCAGAGAUAAUGGAUGUGAAGAUAUUUGAGCUCAGUGAGAUCCGGCAGGGACUAGCCAAGCUGGUAGAGAGCAACUGAGCAGCAACAGGCUCAGAGGAGACACCUCCGGAGGAGGGGAGCCUGAACUGGGACUGGUCACUGACAGCAAUUUCGGUCACAGAACAGCCUCGAGGUCUGUUUGGGCAGGAUACGCCAACAUACCAGCAGCUGCCUGGACAGUGUGGAGACCAGCCGCAGCCACUUACUGCCCACGGAACACCCAGACAGAGGGCAGAGAGCACCUGAGCUCCUGAAUCCUCUGCAGGGAGCAUCUACAAGUCACAGCCAGACCUCUCUGGACCCUGCCAUGGCUGUGGCACGGUCCAGAGACAGCAGCUGUCCCUGUGCUGCCUUCCCAGCCUCCCUGCUGCCACACUGUGUCUCCAACCUUUUUACAGUUUUCUAGGGGAAGGGGCUCAGCAGCCUUCAUGUUUUUUCGGUAGUUUUUUAGGAAACCACUUGCCUUUUGCAAAUAAGCUGCCUGUUUCCCCACCUAGGGAGGGAGGAGAAGUUCUAGCACACCAAGGACAGCAGUUGCUCCCUUUCCUCUUCCCCAGCCCUAACUACAUCGUGUCUUUCUAACAGGAUCCAGUAACACUGGUCACUGUCAGGAGCUUCCAGAGGUAGCAGAGUCCCCACUGCAGAGAAGGGUGCUUGCCUGCACAUAUGUCCUUUCCACUGUUCAGUCACAUCCUCCAGAAGAAAAAGAACUGCAGGUUUUAAAGCUCUUAAUAGUUUAACACAGUGGGAUUUAAUGACUUCUUAAAACUUUAAGAUGAGAAGAGUAGAGGCUUGGUUGGGAAAGGGGCGUUUGAGAAAUGGGCCAUCCCCGAGGGGACGGCCAACAAACUGCUAGAUUGGCACCUCUCCUGGCCUCUAAGGGCUGCAGUUAAUUGAAAUUAAAUGGAGCAAGUAGCAGUUGCUCUUGGUUUCUUUUUUCCUUUUUUAUUGGGAAACAGUCCACAGAGAUGUCCUGCUCCGUGUCAGCCGAGCAGUAUUCCUUGUGAAGGGUACGCGUCCCAGCUUGCCACGCUUGGCCAGAUCAAAUGAGAACAGGAGGCGUUUGGAGCAUGCUGGGAUCGGUGCCCUGCGGGGCCUGUGGGAAGUUUGUCAGUUAUCGUAGAUGUUGUCUAGUAAUAGGAACUGAGCAAGGCCUGAGGGAGGCACCGCAGAAACCUGGAAAGUUGUGUCCCCCCCAUGGCGCCUGCUGUGCCCCCGUAGUUACCUAGGAGCAUGCUUAGCCUUGUGCUGAAUGACGAAGCAGUGUCUGUGUAGAAGUAGUUAGUAACCUUACAGGAGUGUUGAUGGAUUUGGAUUUCGUUGUUGGUUUUUUGCCCUCUUUGCCGCUAUAGAUUAGGCAAAGACAGCCGUAAUCCUGGGAAUGUUUCACAGGUCUGCAGAAACUCCGGUACUUAGCAAGCGCUGGCUGCCAAGUACUGCCCUCUCCGCACCCAGCCGAACCUCGGCAGACCUGUGUAAAGGCAGCGCAGCUCCUCAGGGUCUGCCUCUCCUCUUGCUCACCUGGUGACCACGAGAGGAACCCACAGCUUCCACACACUGCCUGCAAGUCAGGGCAGGAUUAGGUCUGGCACCUCUGGAAUCUGCUGGAGUGCAGAACUGCUGGUGACUCUGUGCUGGAUUGUGUCUAGGCAAAGCCCUUCCCUCUCCCAGGGGUGAUGAGGAAACACUGGGAUUUCCAGACCUGCGUAGCCAGGGAAGGGCUCUUCUGUUUUGGGGGUGGGGAGUUCUUUUUUUUUUUUCCUUUCUUUUUUUUUUUUUUUUUUUUUUGCAUGAAGUGUUCUCACAACUGUAUGGAGCUGGAGCUACUGUAGUAAUAUUUGUUUCAGGGUAUUUAAGAAGGGAAGGAAGUAACUGGGUGGCAAAAAUUUCGAGGGACUUGUUUACCACCCCAUGCCAGUGUUCAUAUUUUAUUCCUACAGGAGCCGCCUUCUUUUGAAAUAGAGAUCAGCUCCAAGAAAGGUGUGUUUGGUUUGCAUCUCCGUCACUUAAUAUGGAGGGAGGAGGGUGGGAUUGGGGACUAUGGGAGAAAGUAAAUCAAGCAAAAGUUUUAUGUUCUCUACUACUACCCUCUUGCACUUCUUCUGUGGCUGCGACCCACGAGGUGGAGCUGGGUUCUGGCAGUGACCGUUUCAUAGCCCAGCGUCUUGGCCAGUGCCCGUGUUGUGUUGCUCAGUGAUGGGGGCUGACCAGAGCCGUGUGUGCCACGCCUGGGUGAGUCAUCUCUCCCGAGGGAGGCCAUGAUCAGACCGUUCUGGAGAAUUGAGAGGGAGGACCUGAGUCAAGCUGCUGCACAUCCCAGCAGGACUCCCUCUGAGUUGGGGAGAGGCAGAUGCAAGCUGCAGCGUGGUGCUUGGCUGAGACAGCAGCUCAGACAGCUUCCCGGAGUACCACGCUUGCCUACGGCUCUCCCAGGACCUGCUCUGACCUGGGUUGAGCAGCAGUAUAGUGUGAGACCCAGCUCUUAUGCCGUUUAAGCCUCUUCUUGUCCCUUAUGCAGUUUUUAAUCCUCAAAGCAUAACCUAACGUCACUGGAGAACUCCACCUAGACCUACCGCAAAGAUGGACGACCAUUGACAGUCUAGGUUGAGUGCAAGAAGGUCUACAAGUCAUGCAACAAGUCACAAAUGUAAGGAAUCUGCAGCUAGUCUUCCACUGCCAUCCUGCAGGAAGCUCUCCUUGUUUCACACAGUGUUCGACCUCUUCAUGUCAGGCUGAGAGUCAGCUGGAGCCAGACUUUGUAUAAAAAAAUUGCCAUGGAAAAAAAUAAAACCCACAACGCUAUGAAAAAGCACAAGUUCUAAACUGCUGCUCGUGUCCCCUAUAAAGCCAAAGCCUGCACACAAGGUGGCUGUGGGAGCCGUCCUAGCCCCGCAUCGUUAUGGUGUGUAAAAUCAGCAUUGGGUGCUGCUGAGCUCGGACUGUGCGUGGGGUAUCUGGGUACCACCAAGACAGGGGUGCUACGCACUGGUCACACGGGGAUCCUGAACUGGUGACUCUGCUCGAGACUCGGCAGCCCAACAUACGGUAUCUGGAGGGGGUGUAACCCCCUGGAAGUCGUGGUUCUGUCUAGUGGGGGAAGUAUUACACCCAGUCAAGUCUUUAAGUGCAAACUCCUCUACUCCGCUCUUGUGAAAUGAACACUUCUGCAGCAGAAACAAAGGUAGACCCUUGGCUACACUUUCCGAGCAGCCUGUUCGUUGCAAACAAACGGUGCUGUCGGCCUCUGGACGCUGUGCUGUUGGAGCUGCCGUGUCCCUGGCAGGAUGCUAUCUGCUGUUUCCCUGCACACGGCGUACCUUGAGACCAGCGGUACUUUGCAUGCGUUUGCUGUGCAUCGCUCCGUCGGCAAGUCAGAGUCCUGGCUGUGCUCCUUUGCUCUUCCAUUGUCAGGAACCGGGAACAGGGGCCAUUUUCCUUUACGCUCUUCUCCACGGGUGCUGGUUGCAAUUCUUUUCCUUGCCAGAAUAAUCUGAAUAGUGGCUUUUUGAUGAGAUCUGUCCUGUGCUCGGCAUUUGUUAAAAGUCCUUUAUUGAGGCAUUGCAGGGCAGUGUGAUGGAUGGUUCUGGGAGGCACUUUCCGUUGCAGUCUUCCCCUCUUCUAAACUAAUGAAAACCCAUUCAUCACCAGCUAUUUCCACAAAUGCCCUAAAUCUGUGGGUAGCAAUGAGACAACCCUACUGUAGACCGUAUAGCGGCAAAGCAUUAAUUCCAUCUGCCCCACUCUAGCGAGCAUUUAAAAAGGACUUCAGUUGUGUUUCAGAAGAGCAGCGCUCUAACGCAUCCCCACCGUGUGCUUUCCCACCCUCACCCCUUCCCCGUUUAUGCUUCUCUUGCUUCAAAAGGAGAAAAAUCUCGCCUUACAAAAGCCAGCGCUGAAUGGCAAGGCUGCAGUUCGAUGUUUGCUUCUGUCUCACAGUAACAAUUACUGUCAGCAACUAAUAACAGUGGCUUCCUUGCUGGAGGAGAAAUGUUACUGAUUGCAGGUGCCUUGAGAGACCUAAUUCUUUUGGCAAAUUAGGAUCUUAAUUAUUCAUAGAAAACCUAGACAGAACAUUAAUAAAGGGAGCAUGGGGAAAAUGGCUCACAUACGAGAUCAGGAUGAACAAAUAAAAAAACCUUGCAGCCUUCCCCUCUUUGCACGACGCUCCGGUGGGCGGCGACGAGGUGUGAUUCUGUGCUCUGAAUCCAGACCCAAGACAAGGUCCUUCUGACCAGCUCCGCGAGAGGAAAUGAAGCUUUGCUGUUACAGGACGUGCCAAUAAUAGAGCCUUGGAAAAAGGAUGUGUCCAGUGCAAACUCCAUCUGACAGAUGCCAAUACAGGCCUUCCAGGCUGAAGAGGAAGGUAAAUGCGGUCCUGGCCUGGAGCUGGCCCGGCCGGCAGAGCGACAGGCCACCAGCAGCUCUGCAACCUCCCUCGCCUCUCCGGGCUUUGAUUCCUCCUCCUCCACAAAGCAGAUAAUUACCCUCCCUGAAGGACUGUUGGACUUCAAUUACUAGCAUCUACAAGGUCCCUGGAGAGCCAAGAGGAGAAAAGGUUAGCACAGGCCAGGCUGGUUAAUACCCUAAGUCCGUUAAGUGGUUUUAAACGAGAGGUAAAAAUCUUUCUCUUCCCAAAAAGCCGCUGCAGAGCCCCCUGGUAACGUGUGUUGUGUUGUUAGGCAGCCUCACAUCGAAGUUACUAACCAGAUUGUCUCCCAUAUCUGUAUUUUUGUGAGAACACGCUGAAGCAAGUUCUUGACGGAGGGGAAGCAACCAGGCGCUUCAUUGGACAUCUCCAAAGGAUCAAACCUGGGGGAAUUUGUAAUUAAAUAGCACCAUUAAUGAAAAAUAGGUGACCUAACCCUUUUGAGCUGCUGCAUCUGGGCUGCAGAGAUCAGCCGCUCCGUUACUCAGAGGAGAGGUUAUUUUUAGUUCAGAAAUGGUCUGUUUACACUUGACAGCACAGGCGAGCAGGCUCUGAGUGUAACACACCCCCCACAUGCUCACGCUGGAAGACAAUUUCCGCGUGCACCAGAGAAGGCAAUUAAAUGUGUGCUUUGGCAAAUGUCUGCAAACACGUAAUAAAGCCCCCAAAUCCAGUGAGGUUCACGGUCCCCUUUCCCAGAGUAAUUUAUAAUUAUUAUCGUUAUUAGAUUGCGGUGUGUAAAGGCAGUUUCUGCUCCAGGGGAAAAGAACAUGAGCUACAGCACUAAUCAUCUCUGCACAAGGUCCUGCCUCCUCCGCGAGCUUCCCUCCACCCUACCCAAAAAGCGGCAGCUGGAAUAACGCUGGGAGUGAGAUGCUUGUGGUAAGAGCAAGCAACGCUUUGGACACAAGAGACGUGGCAGCUCCAGCAACAGGUAAUCCAAAGGAGCACCACUCGCCCCUUCCAGUCAGCUCACGGCUGAAGCACCGUUCGCAGCCGCGCGGCUCCCUGGGCUCUGCUGAGCGCAAGCCUGGGAAGUGUGAAUCAAAGGUACCAAAUGCAAUUUCCUCGGAUGCCGCUGUCACCCGCAGCCGUAGGAAGUUGCCAGGUGGAAAGGGGCGGGAGGCUGCUGUCACCUCUGUCCCCACGGUGGGCAGGGAAGGGCUCUGCAGUCUGCCUGUGUCCCGUUCAUAGUUCACCGGGGCUCGCAGAGGCUGCCACCAGUCUGAAUUGUCACCCCUUUCUCACGUACCCCAUCCCCCACUCUGCACACGCCUGACACCGCGUGCUCGGGAGGGAAGAGGGCAGUCUCUCUGCCUCGGCGCCAGCUCCUUGCCCUGUCGUCAGCUUAUUUUUCCCAAGGGCUGGUAGAACAACAAGUGAGAGAGGAUGCUGUACGGAGUCUCUGCCUUCUGUUCCCACCGAUGUUGGGCUAACAGAGUUUCAAAUCCCAGCAGGCAACAAACAGAAGACAUUUCACUGUAGCCUUACUGGCUGGAGAUAUCAAUGCCCAGACGUUGUUACGGGUAGAUGAAAACAGUAUCAGCCUCGAGACUGGUGGCAGGAGUGCCACCUCUCCUGUGAUCUCAGCAUGGGAGCAGCACAGCUUGUGUGGUGUUGGGGCUUGGGAAUUCAAGAAUGAUACUGGGGAGUACGGGGCCGAGAUGAAGGCAUGGGGAUGAGCCGCUGCAGCAGGCUAGUGCUGUGCUCACAGCUGCUCUUUGCAAGGCCAGAGGAAAGUCUUCUGCCCCUUGGCAACUGCUCUCCCUGCCCGGAGGUGACAGGAAUCCAAAGCAAGCCAUGCAGGGCUGCGUUCCCAGGAGACAGAGCUGCUUCAGGGAGUGAGAGACAGGUAUGAAUUAAAUAGAGCCAGCAGGGAGGUUUUCUUAGCACAGAAAUAAAAAAAAUAAAUACAGGUAUUCCUUUCCUCCGUCCCAUUUUUGGAGUUAUGACGCUGGCAGGGAGGAACUGGGGGAGUUAGAGUGUCAAGCGUGUCAUAGCCAGAGAGGAGACACAUGUCUGGGCAGCUGUAGUCGAGCCCUGAAGGAGGGUGUGCCAGGGCCAUGGAGCUGAAUCAGCAAAAAAGGACGGGGAAGAGCUUUAAGGUGCAGCGGGGAUGGAGAAGGUUCAACAAAGAAGCUGCAAGGAGCUGGGGGGAGCGCCCUGGGAUGGAGAAGGCAGCAAAGCUGCAACGGAGCAUUGCAGGGACACAGGAUCAGUCCUGGCCAGCAAGAAAAGGGAAAUGCUGAGGCUUGAAGCGCUGACCUGGGAGGAUCCCGCCGGCAGCAGCACCCAGCCCGGCUGCCGCACGGGCAAGGCUUGGGGACGAGCAGCCCUGUGCUGUAUUUCCCCCUGAAUGAGGACCAGAGCCAGCAGCGGGGGUGACCAGAGCACACCAACUGCCAUCUACCGGGUAACCCGGCAGCAGGGCCCCCCCAGGGCUGCACACAAGCUGCCCCAGGAGAAGGGAAAAGGCCGUUCCUGGUAGAAAAGCUUGUUAAGCAGCUUUUUAAGGCUUUCAAAACAGCUGAGUUUGUGUUUGCAAAGAGCAUCCAAAGGUAAAGCAGCAGCUGACACAGUGCAGGUUGUUGCAGGGAGGUUUCGGACGGCAUGAAGAACCCGUGUGGAGGCACAGCCGUGUUGGAUUCACGCAGAGACGGGUGCCCCGGCCAGGGCAGAGAUGGAAAUGGCUGCACCUGCAGCCAGCAGCAGCAAAGCUGGAACACGGCUCCAAUGCAGCACUGCCGUCUCAGCAGGGAGAAAUCAAACAGCCCAGCACAAAGAUUACCCCGGACUCUUUCACUACAGCUGCCUUUUCUUCACCAUGGAGAUCCAGGGCUUCCCUGCCUGCUGCAGCAUCCACAGACGGAGGGGAUGCCAGCUCCUGAAGGUGACUGCCGCGUUACCAAACCUGUCCCCACUUCCACAUUUCCUUGCUCAGCAGAACUGCCAGGGGGAUGAUUUAUCAAUACUGUAUAUCUCACCGAGGAGGAUCCCAGCCUCUCCCUUCUCCCUGCAAAACUUCUGGGAAGCACUCCUCAGGUGUUUGUUCCUCCCUGUGAGGGGCAGAAAUGAGGGGAAAUGCUCCAGGAACAGACAAAUAUUUCUUUAAGCGCACAUAGAGCAGCCAGUCUCGGCAUCAUCAGUGUAAAGGACACACAGAGGUGCCCUGCGAGGUGGGCUGCAGAGGAGCACGUACUCGCUGAGCCCCUCCGAGCCACGAGGCCAGGUGAUGGUUUCUCACCCAGGGGAGACGGGAGGAUGAGGAGGGCUGGCACGGGUGUGGGGCUGUCCCCUCGCAUGCAGCCCCCGCGCCAGCGUGGGGUUCAGCAGCCGCACACGGUCUGGGUGAGAGAGCAGGCGGCGAUGGGAGAUGCUGAAUUGAGAAGAGUUUCCAUGGCAACCCAGCCAGGGGAACCCCCGGAGCUGGGGCUGAAGGAAGGGGGAGAGCAGCGCCAGUGGAAAGCACCUGCUCGGGCACGGCCGGGCAUAAACGGCACCGUGCUGGGGCCAGUUCAGGCACAGCACAGACGGGGAAGCCAGCGAGCGCCUGCCUGGGGGACCGGUGGGCCGAGCCGCACGCAGAGGGUGGUUUUACAGCCGAGACGCAAUCUCGGCUGUGACGGGAAGGAAACCCUUAUAUCCCUAGGGGAUCCCAAAGGCUUCUGACAAGGCUUAGAAACGCCAAAAUGGAAUAUCCUACUUGGGGUGGGGCAGUACUGACAGCGCAUACAGAAGUGUCACCCAUGUCCUUUAGCCCUGGGGAAGAGGUAAAUUCCUAAUCUGGGAAUUGAAGGCAUCUUUCUACAUGCCGAUUAGCACAGCAACCUCUUUUUCUACUCGGCCACUCCCAAGACUGAUCAUCUGAAGCAAGAACAUGUAGUCAGCACUACAGAGAGCUCUUAUUUCCCGCACGUGUCCCACCCUCACAGAGAAGGCUGCUCAAGAAAGACAAGGGAUGUAUUAAAAGGAAUUUUGAAUAAAGCUUCAAGACGAGAGCCUUGAUCAAUCCCUACAUGUCACAUGUGGAAGGAGACAAACAGAGAAACCCCCACCAGGCUGAAGCAAAGAGACUUCAGACAGCAGGUUACGAAGCGCCUGCGAGAGGGAGGGGAACAACUGACACUCAAAGGCGGUAUCAGCCCCCUCCCCGGGAAGGCAGGGGCAGCCUGUCCCAGAGAGGGUGUCGUUUUAAUCUGCAGCUAACAGGCUUGCUCCACAAAUUAGCAUGCACAAGGCUGUGGAAGCAUUCAGUAUUCAGAAAGCAUCGGUCUGAUACAAACCUAUUUGCUGCUGCUGCAGCAGCUGCCACCGGUGACAGCGAGCUGUGCUACAAGGCAGGCUGUGGAGUGCUGCUUCCUUCCCGGAGGGCACCCAAGGGGACAAAGCAAGGAGGAACGCAUUCAGGCAUCGCCGAAACCCCAGACGGUUCCACACCCAUCUCGCCUGCCGCCAGGCAGCAGAUGGACCCGCACCUCCCAAGCCCGUGCCAGCGCUGCAGUCCGUGGUCUGAAGGCACCAGGAGGCCCCCGCUGCGGGGGGCUGCAGGAGUUUCCCUGGGGGAAACACCUCUGCAGGACCUCACUCCGCCCAGACCACGCUUAAAGGCACCCCAGGGACUGCGUGCUCCCAGGGAAGGAGCUGGCACUGAGAGGUGUAAGGAACACCCACGAGAAGCUCAAUCCUUAUCCAACUCAUC